AGCUAGUACAGUUAGCGUGUCAAGGGACUCUUGACACCCUGUUCAAUCGUCAAGGACCCCGAAGAUAUAUCUUCAGAGAAAUUUAACCUUCCUUCCGGACGAGCCAGCAUCUUAUUUUACAAUUAAGUAGCAACCUUCUACUGUCCGUGAGCUAGCAAUGGCACAGAAGCUGCCUCCUCAAGCUCGCAGGCUCCGCACCAUCAUCGUCACCGUUCCUAUCAUGGGGGCAACAGCAUACGUGCUCUACGAGCGGCUUGUGCUUGGAAAACCUCGAAGAACGUUGCCUAGGGAGUCACCACAACACUCUUCUACAAUCAAUGAAUUACUGCCCGAAAACUCCAACGCUGGGAGCGAACACUGGUCAAAAGGAGAAUGA